CCUAGGGGACAAACACUGUUGGCCCGGCUUCAACUGUACGAUCGCUCGUCCCUCACUCUCGAGCACCGCAACAGCGGAGCUCCACCGUACUCGUUCGUCGCUGCUCAUUUCCACUACUCUGUUCUCUCUCUACCCUUGCUCGGAAGAGAAUCCUGUACUUGGAUUUCUGGAUACUACUGUAUCUUCUCCUGCAGAUUUUUUUAGCCUUCUCGAAGGGUCAAUUUCUCUGUAUGUUUGUGAGCAUUCAUAGCGAUGGCAUUGGAAUAUCUUAGUGGGCUUCUGGAUCGAGCGUAUUGAUGCCUCGUUUACGAGUUUGAGGGUUUUUGGUUGCAGCAUAAAUUGUGCCAACAGGAGACUAAAUUAGGGUUUGGAUCAUUGACAUGUCCGAUACUUCGGGUGCUCGAAUUACCAUUACUCUUGGCCGUAGUGGUCAGGUUGUCAAGAGGGAUCUGUCUGCGUCGGAUGCUUCUUUCUCUUCUUCUCUUCCCACAGCCGGGAUUAAGCGCUCUGUGAGAGAUAGAAUAGGACAUAAUGCAGACAGUUCCUUAUGGCGUGAGAAUGAUUUCAGCAACAAUAAACGACAGCGAGGGGACAUAAGCAUGCAAAAUGGGCUGGAUGGUGAAGGGCGAAUUAGCAAAGAUGAUCUCCGCCUUAAGCUUAUGAGGAAAAGUGCAUUGAGGCGCACCAAGGGUAAUGUUGAAACUAAGAGGCUCAUGGAUCUUCGAGAAAAAUUGUCAACAGCAGUUCAACAUCCAGUGACAAGUUCUAAUUCAAAACAGCAAAUACCUAGUAGGGAAGCAAGCAUGUUGGGGCGAAUCCCUUCAGCUAGAUGUUCUGAUGAUUUAAUGCGAAUGGAAACUAUGAGAAGUUCAUAUUCACCUUGCACGUUAAAUCAUACUAGACAAAGAUCACCAGAUGGGUUUCCUGGUGCUUCCAGGGGUAUUUCCCCUCAAAGCAAUGUUGAAGACCUCCAGAGAAGGCCGUUGAACAGGGCAUAUGAUAGUUCUAGGCCUGUUGCAUAUGUAACUAGGGAUGCUCUUGAGACUUCAAGGCCUCCAAGCACUGCUCCUGCGUCUUUAAUGGCACAUUCUACAGUUACCACGGUGCCUUCAACAACUGCUAAGCCUGUAGCACCCCAGCUUGGACAGCUUCCUCCACCAAGAAAUGCAGCACAGAGGACUUCAUACAUGGAAAGCGAACAGCAAACACCCCAAACCGUGGAUGGUCUGUUGCAUGCACUGGGACUGGGAAAAUAUGCUAUUCUCUUCAAGGCUGAAGAAGUGGAUAUGACUGCAUUGAAGCAGAUGGGAGAAAAUGACCUCAAAGAGCUUGGAAUUCCCAUGGGCCCAAGGAAAAAAAUUCUUCUUGCACUCUUGCCCCCCACCAAACGUCAACAGUGAUAUCUAUUGUGCCUGACGCUGAGGCUGACACGUGUUCAUCAGCCUUUGGUUUUUUAUUUUUGGGUGAUGAUGAAGCAUGUACAUGAAUAUUUCAAUGACUCCAACAUAGGGGCCUUUUAACAUAGGGGAUUGAUGUACUGGUGCCCUUUUGCGUUCAAGAACAAAGCUUGGGUUUUAUAAUCUUAGAUAAAUAUGGGAAAUAUCGAUGUGUAUAA